GGAACAUGGUCUGUCCUCCCAUCUUCCCGUUCAGGAGCAGAAUUUUCCCUCCGUGAAAAAUCGAGCAGGUCUGGACAAGUGAGGCCAGCUCCAUGUAUCCAGAAUCGACAACGGGCUCCCCAGCUCGGCUCUCCCAGCGGCAGACGGGCUCCCCCGGGAUGCUCUACAGUACUCGGUAUGGGAGUCCCAAAAGACAGCUCCAGUUUUACAGGAACCUGGGCAAGUCCGGCCUGCGGGUCUCCUGCCUGGGGCUCGGAACCUGGGUGACCUUUGGAGGCCAGAUCACCGAUGAGAUGGCGGAGCAGCUGAUGACCUUGGCCUACGACAACGGCAUCAACCUCUUCGAUACUGCAGAAGUCUACGCGGCCGGCAAGGCCGAAGUGGUUCUAGGGAACGUCAUCAAGAAGAAGGGCUGGAGACGGUCCAGCCUCGUCAUCACCACCAAGAUCUUCUGGGGAGGAAAAGCGGAGACCGAGAGGGGCCUUUCCAGGAAGCACAUAAUAGAAGGUCUGAAGGCUUCCCUGGAGCGGCUGCAGUUGGAGUAUGUGGACGUGGUCUUUGCCAACCGCCCGGACCCCAACACACCUAUGGAAGAGACCGUACGAGCCAUGACGCACGUCAUCAACCAGGGGAUGGCCAUGUACUGGGGCACAUCGCGCUGGAGCUCCAUGGAGAUCAUGGAGGCCUACUCCGUGGCCCGGCAGUUCAACCUGAUCCCGCCCAUCUGCGAGCAGGCCGAGUACCACAUGUUCCAGCGCGAGAAGGUGGAAGUGCAGCUGCCCGAGCUGUUCCACAAGAUAGGCGUGGGCGCCAUGACCUGGUCCCCUCUGGCCUGCGGCAUCGUUUCCGGGAAGUAUGACAGCGGCAUCCCACCCUACUCGAGAGCCUCCUUGAAGGGCUACCAGUGGCUGAAGGACAAGAUCCUGAGCGAGGAGGGCCGGCGCCAGCAGGCGAAGCUGAAGGAGCUGCAGGCCAUCGCCGAGCGCCUGGGCUGCACCCUGCCCCAACUGGCCAUAGCCUGGUGCCUGCGGAACGAGGGCGUCAGCUCCGUGCUUCUGGGCGCCUCCAACGCCGACCAGCUCAUGGAGAACGUGGGAGCGAUUCAGGUCCUUCCAAAACUGUCGUCUUCCAUUAUCCACGAGAUCGAUAGUAUUUUGGGCAAUAAACCCUACAGCAAAAAGGACUACAGAUCCUAAGACGCCCCGCCCGCCUGCUCAGACAGUCCCCGUCUCCCUCCUAGUCUUUGUUCGCUCGCUUAAGCUGUUCUGAAGCCAAGUGAAGAGUGUGGUUUGCAUCAAAGAGAAAACACUCGCCGUGAUGUCAUCGGGAAAUGAUCUCCCACGUCGCUGCCAGACACCACCCACUGCUUCGCCAGACCACGUGGAAGCUGGAUUUGUGCCCGAGAAGCAUUGGUUAGGAAGGACGUUCAAGCAGUCCCACCCAAGCCGGUCGCUUCUGCUCAUCCUCCCAGAAAAGACCACCCAGCUGUCUCCCACCCUCGGCCCUUCAUGGCGAUUCCCGAAGUCAAGGCCAGGCCAAGGCCUGGUUGGGUCUUCUGGGUGGGCAGGGCCAGCCUCUCCUCUACCAAGACCCCCUGCCUGGUGUUGGGGGAGAAGAAGAGAGGUCUGCCCCUUCUGGGGCCUCCUCUGCCAGGACCCUGGUCAUUGGGUGGGACCUCCCCACCAGGGGUCUUCCUCAACCUCCCUCUUCCCAAGGGCUCCAGGUACUUUCUGGGGGCCCGGACCCGAUUCCUCCCCUGUCCUUCUGUGCCCUGACCUGCCCACUGGGCCUCGGCAGGGGCACACCCACCCAGCUGGCCUUGGACCCCCCCACCCUCAUUAGCAGGGGCAGGGACCCCAGAGGGAGUGGCUAUGUGGUUUGGGACC